AUGAGCAAGCUCACCUUCAACGGCUCAGUCUUCACGCCCUCUGUCCUCACACUCAGCGGGAUUCCCGGACUGGAGUCCGUGCAGUGCUGGAUCGGGAUUCCGUUCUGUGUCAUGUACCUUACUGCUCUGAGUGGGAAUUCCCUGAUCUUAGUGACAGUCAAACACGAAAGCAGUCUCCAGCGUCCUAUGUACAUUUUCUUGGCCAUGUUGGGGGCCACGGACAUUGCACUCAGCACCUGCAUUCUCCCCAAAAUGUUAGGCAUCUUCUGGUUCCACUUGCCAGACAUCUCUUUUGAGGCCUGUCUUCUGCAAAUGGGGCUUAUUCACUCCUUCCAGGCCAUUGAAUCGGGGGUCCUCCUGGCGAUGGCCCUAGACCGCCACGUGGCCAUCUGUAACCCCUUGAGACACGCCAGCAUCUUCUCCCGACAACUCCUGACUCACAUUGGAGUUGGGGUGACACUCAGGGCUGCCAUUCUCGUAGCCCCGUGCCUGGUACUCAUCAAAUGCCGUCUUAAACACUAUCGAACUACCGUCAUCUCCCACUCUCACCGUGAGCACAUGGCCCUCGUGAAGCUGGCCGCUGAAGACACCCGGAUCCACGAGAUCACUGGUCUCUUUGCUGCCUUCACCAUCUUAGGGCUUGACGUCAUUGUCAUCACUGUGUCCUAUAUUUCGAUCUUUGUCACUGUCUUCCGGCUGCCCCAGAAGGAGGCACGAUGCAAAGCCUUUAACACCUGCAUCGCCCACAUCUGCGUCUUCCUGCCGUUCUACCUCCUCGCCUUCUUCUCCUUCUUCACACACAGGUUUGGUUCUCACAUCCCGCCCUGUGUUCACAUCCUCUUAUCCAACCUUUAUUUGCUAGUCCCACCUUUUCUCAACCCCAUUGUCUAUGGCGUGAAGACCAAACAAAUUCGUGACCAUGUCCUGAAAAUAUGUUUAGGUCCAAAACAUCCUGAUCACUAG